AUGCCUUGGAAUGAACACUUGAGACCAUAUAGUAGCUACCUAUGGCGUGAGGAAAUGGGCAAAGACAUUCUCACAAGCGAGCACCAACUUCAUGAGUACGACGCUGCCGGCCGAUUGAGCAACUUGACGCUGGGAACACUCAAGUUGGCCUACUCAUACGGUCCAGGAAAUCGCGUCGUUGGUACGACCGUCACAGACUCAGGGCAUGAUAUCAGUGUUUCCACAGUUCUCACCUUUGACGAUUUUGGCCGCGAAGUAGAGAGAGCCGUAAGCCAACAGGGCCAGCUGCUCUACCGUCUGAGCCAGUCAUAUGAACACACCGGCAUCGUCACUUCACGCCAUCUCGAGGGUGGUGGUGAGGGCAAGACGGUAAGAGACGAGAGCUUUGAGUAUGAUGUCCACAGCCGGCUGACCAAGUUUACCUGCACGGCGGACGAGGCUCAGAUGCCGACCGACGAAAAGGAGCACCCUAUUCAACAGCAGCAAUUCGACUUGGACGACUUGGACAAUAUCCGAUCUGUCACCACCACUUUCAGUGACGGCAGCCAAGAUCUGGCGACUUAUGUCUACGACAAUGAAGACGACGCAUUCCAACUAACGCAAAUAACCCACACACAUCCCGACUUCCCCUCUCAAACCAACCUCGCCUACAAUGCCAAUGGCUGCCUGACGCGGGACGAGGAGGGCAAGACGCUCGACUAUGAAAGCCACAGUCGCCUGAAGAGUGUCAGAGACGGCAGCGGACGAGUGAUGAGCCAAUACGAUCACGAUGCAGCCGGCCGCCUCGUCCGCCAAUCGAUCCCAGGUCAACCAGAUACGCGCCUCUUCUAUCGGGGAGACCAGCUCAUUGGCAUCGUGUCUGGCGGCGCCCAGACGAGCUUCUUGGCAGACCAUCUAGGCUAUUGGGGCCAGGUAUCUCAAGCAGAUAGCAACAGCAACGAGGCAGAAGCGCAGCUAUGGGUAGCCGAUGGCCACGGCUCAAUCCUCAACAGGACUGGGCCUGAUCAAAAGACCCUUCUACAGCAGUCAUACAACUCCUACGGGCACCCCCCACUGCUCAGCACUGGCACCGCCAUUGCCUUCAACGGCCAGUAUCGCGACCCCGUCACGGGAUGGUACCAUCUCGGCAACGGCUACCGCACAUACAACCCGGUGCUCCGGCGCUUCCACGUCCCGGACCCAGGCAGCCCCUUUUCUACCGGCGAGAUCAACCCCUAUGCCUACUGCGCUGGAGACCCCAUCAACCGUAUUGAUCCUAGUGGGCGGUUCAGUUUCUUCAGCCUGCAGUUUGACUGGGGCGACCUUCUCAAAUUCGUUGUCGGCUUUGUUGUCAGCAUCCUCGUCGGCGUUCUAACUGUGGGUGCUGGCACAGCCAUUGCGGUCGGCGUGGACAUAGCCGCCGACGUUGCCACGGACAUGGCCAUAAGUCCAUUGGCCGAUCUCGCUGCAGGCCGCAAGCCGUCGUGGAAGUCAGUCGCAGUGGAUGCGCUCAACGGACUGUUUGACGGCGUUCUGGGCGAGUUGGGAGGCAGUCUGCUCUCCGCGGGCUUCAAGGCCGCGACUAAGUUCAAGACGGCGAUCGGACGCGCUGGAUCGUACACGGUCAAUGACGUUGUGGAACAUUCCUUUGGCAAGACGUUAAAGGAGGUUGUUAAGGAAGUCUUUCCAACUGAAGUUGUCAGUAAUGUCGUCGAGGGUCUAUCUGAGAUUGAUCCCUUUCCGGAGACUUCCGGCGAGUCCCAUGCAGGUCCGUCCCGCUCCCUUUCGUACGGUCAGCAACAGCGGCAAAUCGAGGCAUCCGGUAUCCAAGUACCAUCAAACAUUUGCCGACAGGCAUCUGUGGCCAGCGACCCGAUCCGUCCGGCACUGCUAGAUCGUGGGUUCUCUGUACAUCCCGAAUACCGGCGCGGCUCCGGGCCCCGUAGCCAGGGGGCCGUCAGGUCGUCUGUGGCUCAGAUUCUGAAUCGGCCGCUGCAAUUUGCUUUUGGGCCCGCAGGCUCCUCGCAGGGGAAGUGA